AUGCAGUUAACACCUUUCUGCUUGAUGAUGUCCUGUAUUCAGGUCGUCCCUGACAGGUCUCAGUUCUUCAAGUACAACACCAUCUCUCUGAGCUGCAAGGACCAUUUGAACUCCACCGGCCUGAAGGUGAAGAGGAAGACGUCGGAUGGCGGCGUCAGAGUCUGCGGCUCCGGCUGGGGCACCAGCUCCUCAGGCUCCACCUGCAUCUUACAAAACACUUACCCGUCCGACACUGGGUUGUACUGGUGUGAGUCUGGAGACGGGAUCAGGAGCAACAGGAUCAACAUCACCAUCAUCGACAGCACUGUUCUCCUGUUGAGUCCGGCCCUCCCGGUGUCGGAGGGAGCUGCUGUGACUCUGCGAUGUCAAGCCGAGAUGAGAUCCCCAAACCACACGUUUAAUUUCCUUAAAGACAACCGCCUCAUCAGCAGCAGCGCCACAGGAGAGAUGACCAUUCAGAGAGCCUCCAAAUCUGAUGAAGGACUCUACAUUUGCAUCAUCCCUGGAUUUGGAAAGUCAUACAGCAGCUGGCUGAAUGUUGAAGGUUCUCCUCCACCUUCAUCUUCAGCUCCACCCACAGCUUCCUGUUCAUUCUCUGUCUCCAGACUGAUGUGUCACCUGUUGGUGGGAGCCCCUUACCUGCUGUCCACCAUCCUACUGGGACUCAUAUACAGAGACAGGAACAGAGCUCGGACGGUGGCAGAGAGAAGAGGAAGCAACGAUGUCAUCAUGGAAAUAGAUGUAUAGAACUACAAACAGGUAAAAAUGGAAAAUAAAUUCAGCAUUUUUUGGGAGCUGGCACCACUUGAUGUCCUAGAGAUCCAUUUUUACCACCAGCAGUUUUAUUAUCUGACUAUAAAUGAUAUUUGAUGUGUUUGUUAUGUUUCAAAUUCAAGAGUUCUUCAAAGCUGAAGACAUCCACCUUACUUUAUCUGAACCUCUGACCUUAUUUUGACUAAAGUGUUGCUGAUAAAGAAAGUAAAGCAUGCCCUUGUUGCACUUAUCAUCUUGUUUAGAUGAAAAUGUAAAUAGAUAGACAAUAAAUACAUUUUUUCACUGCUAAGGCUACAAAUAACAAAAUUCUUGUUUAAAAUGCUGCUGCCUGUGAAAAGGAAGUGGAGGUUGUUUGUGGUUUACAUUAUGCAAACAUAAUGAGGUGUCAAGUCUUCAGUCCAGCCGUCAAUUGUUUGUUUGGAAUCUUUCCAUUUGACAUUUCAUAUCCAUCCAGAAUUUACUCAAAACUUGACUCAAAAUUGAGUAAAUGACACAAAUAACUUAAAUCUUAAAUAGCCUUUUAGUGUUUUAUUCUUUUCUUUCAUUAGCUGUAAUAUAAAAUGUUACUUUGAAUGACAAACAGGAAAAGCUCAGACAUCUUAGCACUUAAUGUCAGUGGUUUUCCUGUGUAGGUCAGUUGUGGUGAGAUAAUUCAUAUUGAAACCAGGUCAGUGUUAUUUCUGAGAAGUGGAAACAUUGUGCCUCUUUAAAACCCACGCACACGACAUGUGUAAUGAAAAGAUUAAAACUGACAAUGUUGUAAAAUGAUUUUAAAUGAUUUUUUUUUUUUUUUAGUGUAAGUGCACUAGGAACAUAUAAACAAUGUUUUGGCACUUUUAGAUUAAUGAAUGUUUUUCAAAGAGAGAAUGGAAACUUGUGGUUUGGUUGUUGAGUGAAGUUACUCUCUGUUGUGUUCUGUGGCUAAAUCUCACAAUAAAUCUGUCUUUUAAGUUAAAUUAAAUU